UUAGCCAAUCACAAAAUUCCAGACUGAGAGAGUUUCUGAUAAGCGGUGUGAUCGGUUCGUGGUUGGCAAAAGCUAGAAGAAUUGUAUUAAAAAUAUUAAAUAUCCAUUUCACAAGCAACCCGGUUGUUUAUAAGCGAGUGUGGUGUUGAAUACCCUGCUCUGUGGAGACUAUCGGAGAUGACCCGGGUGGCUGUACUCGGGAUUCUCUGCUGGGUUCAUGCAGCUGCCGCAGGAACUCACUCACUGAAUUUCUUUGCAAUGGCAAUCUCAGAAGGGACUGGGCUUCCAGAGUUUGUGUUUCUGGCGAUGCUGGAUGAUGUGCAAUACACGUCCUUUAACAGCACCAUGGAAAAACCUGUCCUCCGAACACACUGGAGGAAUGAGACGAAGGGUCGGGAGUUCUGGAAAAUAAUUAGCUGGCAUAUUCUCUAUGGUCAAGACCUCAUAAAAUGGAGUUUACGAAAUACAGUCCAGCACCUUAACCAUACUGGAGUUCACACUUAUCAGUACAUGGGUGGCUGUGAGCUGGAUGAUGACGGGACCAGGCGGGCAUAUUUGUCUCAUGCGUAUGAUGGGAAGGAUUUUAUUAGUUUUGAUGUGGAGACCCUGACCUGGGUCGCUACUGUGCCACAGGCUGUCUUCUAUAAACACAAGCGGGAAGCUGACACAGCCCAGCAACAGAUCGUUUUCAACUAUUAUCGCACAGAGUGUUUCCUGUUGCUUGAGCAGUACCUUCAGUAUGGGAUGGAGACCCUGCAGAAGAAAGUACGCCCUGCAGUGACGCUGAUACAGAGGAAAGCGCGUGAUUCUGCAGGAACGGACGUCAUUUGCCACGUGACGGGGUUCUACCCCCGAGAGGUUGAGGUGAACUGGGUCAGAGACGGGGAGGCUCUGCUGGAGGAGGGGGUGUGGAGUGGAGAGGUGCUGCCCAACGGGGACACAACCUACCAGCUGAGAAAGAUCCUGACAGUGAGUCCUGAGGACCAGAAGAAACACAGCUACUCCUGCCAGGUGCACCACACCAGCCUGGAUGAGAAGAUGGAUGUGAAAUGGGCUCCAGAGGCUGCUCUGAACGUGGGGUUUGUUGCUGGUGGUGUGCUGGCUGCUCUGGGUCUGAUCAUCGCAGUGAUCAUAGGAGUUCACAUCUGGAUGAAAAGAGCAUCAGCAAAGGAACAAAGUGAUGCUUCAUCCAGCUCCACCAGUGACGACAGGUGUGACCCUGUUGCAGAGAAGCUGAUGACGCAGACAGAAUAAACGACUGGGCUUUAUCUUUUACACUUCAUUGUGCCUGAUAUUACCACACAGAGCGAUCACACAAACCAGUAGACGACAAUGUCCUUGUGACAGGGCGAGGAGCCCUGUACAGGAUUGUUUGUUUAUUUCUAGACCGGGGUCUCCCCUCCGCCCAGUCCCCUCCUGUCUCAGUUGUGUUGUUUUGUGUUUGUGAUUUAUUUAUUUGUAAAUGUUUUGACGGCGUAGUUUUUGUGUUGCAAUGUGGAUGGGAAGCCUCAUGCACGUUAGAAACCCGUGCAGAAUGUGACCGAGGGAUUAUCAGAUAAUUGAUAGCUGGUUAAUCCCUCGGUCACUAAUAUAAAAGCCUGCAGCUCUCCCUGCUCUGGGGGGUGUUCAGAGGAUCUGCACAGACUCACCUGUGUGCUUAGUUUUGUGUUUGUGAUUUUGUGUUUGAAUUGUAAUUGUUGCUCUGUGAGCAGUGUGUUUUUGCACUGCAGUGCUGUGUUUGGUUUCUUCCUGCGUUCUGGCCUGACGUUACCACAUGAAGUCCCCUGUCACAGUCAUGUGUUAUUAUUUUACUGAAGCUGUGCAACUAUGAGUUUGAGAUGUACAGAUGAUGAUAACUUGUUAGUGUACCUGCAGUAUCUCUGUUAAUAAAUAAAUAUAUAUAUAUAAUAUAUUGUGACAGGGCAGGGAGCCUUGCGCACGGGAAAUGUGUGUUUGUGGCAGGGAGAGGGUUAAAAUCUCCCUGCCAAACUAAAUGAAGUAUUGCAUUCUUUUGUUAUCCCCUGCACCUGGCUGUCAUUGUAAAUAAGAGCCAGGUGCAGGGUAUUUAAAGGAAGCCGCCAGUUUGCUCAGGGCUCCUGUGUGCUCAAGCGUAUAAAGAAGGAGGUUCUGUGCAAAGCCUUUUCAUGUUAUUGGUUUAAAAACUGCGUGUUUUGUUUGAUUUUUGUUUAGCAGGUAAACAGCUUAGCUGUCCUGUUUCAUAGUUCAGGUUCCUGUUCAUGUGUUUUAGUUAUUGCUCAAGUAGAGCUAGGUGUUUGUUUUUGUUUUAUUAUUUUUUUUUAUUUGUGUUGUAAAUAAAAGUGCGCAACCGCGCUAAAACUGCAA